UUCAAAAUCAAAACAAACACAUCUUGGGUCAGUAGCAUUGAAAUUUCAGCUGGUGAUAUAAUACAAAUAAAUUAGAAAAUAAAAACGUAUCUAUUAAAUUGUAGAAUAUUAUUAGUUAAGAUUCAACAUUAUCAAAAUGUAUAAUUGUUUGAAUUCUGUUCGAAAUCGAUUAGUUCUUACCAUCCCUUGCUUACGAUAUGCUUCAAGUGCUGCAAAAGAAUCCACUAUAGCCCAAAACUACUGCUUGAAUCUGGUCAGGCAAUACGAUAAGGAAAACUUUCUUUGUACAUUGCUGCUGAAAAAUCCGGAACGUCGCAGUGCACUGGCUAUUCGGGCGUUCAAUGUGGAGAUCGCUCGAAUCACUGGCACCGUAUCGGACGACAAGAUUGGCCAGAUGAGGCUGAAGUUCUGGGAGGAAACAAUCGAUAAGCUGUUCAAAAAUGAUCUUAAACACGUUCCGGAGCAGCCGGUCAUUCAAGAGUUGAAAACUGCAAUCGAUGCUCAAAAGUUAACGAAACGCUAUUUCCAAAGGUUGAUUUCCGCUCGAUUAAAUGCCAAUUUGCGAUUUGUGACCACCAAACAAAUGGAAGAAUAUGCGGAGAACUCGGUUUGCAGCGUAUUGUAUUUGUUGCUGGAAGCUCACGGAGUGCGAAACGUACACGCGGACCAUGCGGCCUCACACUUGGGAAAAGCGCAAGGAAUCGUAAACUUGCUGCGAUCGAUUCCCCAUCAGGAAAGGCGGAAUGUGGUUCCUGUCCCGCAGGAAGUGCUCAUGCAGCAUGGAGUGAGCCAGGAACGAGUUCUGAGGAAUCGAAAGGAAGACAAGGGUGUGGAGGAGGUGAUCUUUCAGUUAGCAGGAUUGGCGCACCAACAUCUGGAAAAGGCGCGAAAAUUGGCCGGGUCCGUUCCGAAGCAAGCGAGGCCGGUUCUGUUGCCAGGUGUGGCAGUCGGGCGAUACUUAGAGCGACUGAGGAAGGCCAAGUUCCACCUGACAGAUUCUAAGUUGCUGCAAAGCGACACGAUGCUUCCACUAGUCAUUUAUUGGAGCCACUUCCUAGGAAAAUUUUAAUACGGUACGUACAUAUAAUCGACUAAUUAAAUUACAAUCUGUUAGAUGAUAA